AUGUUUCCCAACAUCAGUCCGACCUGUCAAGAAGGAAUUCGAGAAGCUUGUGUGACUUUAAGAAAUGCUUGUGAGCCUCAAAUUCUGGAUGAUGUGGCAGGGCGGAUGACAGAAUAUGAGAGUGAAUUCGGCCGAAUGUUGUACACAAUUUCUAUAUUAAUCAUGUUUUCAUUUGUUAUCAUUAUGCUGAUGGUCAGAUCAAUCAAAAGAACACAUUCUACUGUCGAGAUGGACGCUCUUCUAGAUGCAAUGAGGUUUCGAGAGGAAUUAGACAUUCGAGAUCGACAACGACGACGUUUGAUGAAAGCAAAAACAAAGGUGAGCGCAUGGCUCAACCGGGAUAAAAAUGCAACGUCGAAUGGGCAAAUGAAGAGCAAGAAUAGUGAAUGGAAGCCUCCUCCAAAGGGAACUGGAACACGACCAAGGGGACAUUACAGUAUAUCCACUGUCACUUCCGAUAUUCCUGAGAUCGUCGUUAGUGCUGAUGAUUCCGGGAAUCCAGGACUAUUAAUGAGACCACACACUCCGGCCAUUUCCUUGAUUUACGAUUUCGGGGUAGCGUCACCGGAUUUGGAAGAAGAACCGGAUAGUCGAAAACCAUCGAUAGCAUCUUCAACUGCUCUUCCGAUGUCAUCGUCUUCUUCUUCUUCCUUGGCCUCUUCCAUCGAACACAAGCUCAAUUCAAUCAAAUCAAAUCCACGUACAUUUUCUCUUGACACAAACGCUUCCACAUCAUCGCGGACCCAUCGUGUGGAUAUCGAUGAUAAAUCAUUCAGUUUAGAUGUACAUGUGGAUUGUGCUGGUCUUGUCUCCGUAGUCCGAUGGCUUCUUAUGCGCAAAUUUGACGUCACCGUAUUUCUUCCGGUUGUCUACAACAAUAUAAAUAACUACAAUUCAAAAAAUGCUGAACUAUUGACGGUAAAU